AUCAGGAAGAAGAGGAGAAAAGUGAGCAGAAAACACGCAGAAAACACGCGAGGACGCACAAGUGUUUUCCCAACUGGAAAAAGAGAGAAGAAGAAAGUGUGCGAGUGUGAAGCGGAGAGACAGAAGGAGAGUGUGUGUGCUUCACCACUCUCCACUUCUUGCACCUCCACCACCUCCAUGUCGCUUCCCGGCUCCCCUCCGCUCCUCUCGCCGGGCUCGAGCGCCCCAACUCCGGCCGCGCUCUACCGCUCGGCCCCGGACGCGCUCCACACCUCCACCGGCACCUCCAGCCCGGCGCACACCAACUCCCACUCCCACUCCCACUCCCACUCCCUGUCCCCGUCCCCGCGGCUCACCAGCAGCAUGCUCAGCGCUUUCCUGCCCGGCUUGGGCAACGGCGGCGCCGCCCCGCUCGUGUCCGGAGGCGGCGCCGCUCUGGGACCUCUCGGCGGGCUCGGCUCGCUGAGCACGGCCGGCCUGACCCCCGGCUCCCCCGGCUUGGCGCAGACCUCGUCCAGCCCGUCUCUUUGCAGCGAGUGCAAGCUGGUGGAGGUGCACGGCGUGAAGGUGGCCAGCUUCAGCGUGGACGGCCAGGAGCUCAUCUGCCUGCCGCAGGUGUUCGACCUCUUCCUGAAGCACCUGGUGGGCGGGCUGCACACCGUCUACACCAAGCUGAAGAGGCUGGACAUCUCGCCGGUGGUGUGCACCGUGGAGCAGGUGCGCGUCCUGCGGGGGCUCGGCGCCAUCCAGCCCGGCGUGAACCGCUGCAAGCUCAUCUCCAGGAAGGACUUCGAGACGCUGUACCAGGACUGCACCAGCGCCAGCUCUCGUCCGGGCCGUCCUCCGAAGCGCUGUGCUGGUGCAGGGAUCCAGGAAAGCCCCAGGCUGCUGCACCCGGGUCUCCCCGGCCUGCUGUCCCCCAACCUGCUGUCGCACACCGGCCUGACAGCAGCAGCCAUGGCCGAGCUCCAAAAACUGCAGAAGAUGAAGAUGAUGAUGAGUCUCCAGAACGGCAACGAGUCGGACAACGAUGACUUACACUCCAACACAGGAGGGAGUGAGUGUUCCUGGGAUAAGGAGCGUCUGACCAGCCCCCCUGCUGGAGCCCACAGCGGAGGACCAGGAGGUGGAGGAGGAGCACCAGUAGGAGCAGCAGCUGGAGGAGGAGGAGGAGGAGGCGGUGCGGCGGGAGGAGGCAGCGGGAGGGGGCCGGCCAUCGGAGCUGUCAAUCAACAACAGCUCCAGCAGCAGCAACAGCUACUGGCUAACAGGUUGGACCUGCCCUUCAUGAUGAUGCCCCACCCUCUGCUGCCCAUGGGGCUGCCGCCCGCGUCUGUAGCCAUGGCGAUGUCCCAGAUGAACCACCUCAACACCAUCGCCAACAUGGCCGCCGCAGCCCAGCAGAUACACACUCACGUACACCGCGCACCUGUCAUCAAGGAGAGAGUGUGUGACAGUCCCUCUCUCUCUCCAUCUGUUGACGAGGCCAACACUCCUCUGCAGUCGCAGCCCAGCAGCUCGGCCUCCAGCUCGCCCGAAAGACUGGGAUUGGUGUCAGCUGAUGCAGAUGUUGCACUGCCCAACCCUGCUGCACCCAUCAAGAAAAUAACAAAGGACAAAGAAGAGUCUUCGCUGGGACAAGCCCUGCCCCCUGGCUUCCCUGCUCCGUUCCUAUUCGCUGACGGCCUGUCGUCAGUGGAGACCCUGCUCACCAACAUACAGGGCCUGCUGAAGGUGGCGGUGGAGAACGCCCGGGUGCAGGACAAACAGAUCCAGGCGGAGAAGCGAGAGCUGAAGAUGGAGCUCUAUCGAGAAAGAGAGAUGAGAGAGAGUCUGGAACGACAGCUCACCUCCGAACUACAGAGCAGAGCCUCCAUCCAGAAGCGUCUGAAGAAGGAGAAGAAGGCCAAGAGGAAGCUGCAGGAGGCGCUGGAGUUUGAGUCGAAGAGGAGGGAGCGAGUGGAGGACGCUCUGAAACACUCGUCUUCGUCCUCCCCCUCUCCUGAGCCGCUGCACGCCGCCAACAACAACACCAAGAACGACGCUGCUGUAGCCGAGGAUAAACCUGAACUUAAUGGAAACCAGCAAGACAACGGCGCUGUACAAGAAUCCCGGCCGUUUCUGAAGACCCCCAUGAUGUUCUAGGAUGAAGGACUCCGCCUCCAGGAACCCCGCCCAUUCCCACCUUCCCCCCUCCCCCUGCACAGAAGAACUCCACCAUCCCAGUCAAGCGACCUCCCCAGGCGGGAGUCCAUCUUUGCUUCACGCAAACGUUUUGAUGUUGCUAUGAAACAGUGAGACUACUAUGAGGCGCGGCCCUGAUCUGGACUCACGGGGGCCGCCUCUACUUCUUUCUUCUCUCUCUCUCUUUUUAGACAAACUUCACUCCAUUCAUUCCUCGUUUCCCCUCCCUGCACCGGGACUGCUCUCAUCCCUCGUUUGUUUCAGAAACUGAAAAAUAAAAAUCAUUCCUGAGCAAAGUCACCACGAAGCGACCGGAGUGACAACAACGAGUCGUCACGAAUCGAGUUACGUCGGCCAUCAUGUGGGAACAGCGGGGGUCAUUUUGACUGGACAAUUCAAAAGACUUCAAGUCAACGUGUUUCUGGCUGCUGCCGACAGGAACGCUGUGAUGAAAGGACGAAACUUUCUAAUUUACAAAAUAAAAUAGGAGUUUAAAACCCCCUCUGGAUUUGACGUGACUUCGGUCAGCCUCACUGGCUGGCUGUCAACACCCUCUGAUUGGAUGGUAAUCAGCCAAUCGGAGGAGCUCAGGACCGGAGGAAGAGGGGUUAAGAAAAAGAAGUGGAAAAAAUAUUGGAAAGGGGAAAAAAACAGAAGAAAAAAGGAGGAAAACAGCUUGGGAGGCUAUUUCUGUCUCUCAUGUUUCAUUCAUUUUUGUUUUCCGUACAGGGACUGAAAAAAAUGCAUGGGAACUUUUAUUACGUUGUCAUUUGGCUUAUUUUAUCCUCCGAACACUCCAAGUCUUCUUCUCCCUCUUACACUCCUCUUUUAUUCUUCAUUCCUCUCUAUAGUUUCUCUUCUCUAUAAGUCGGCGCCUCUUCCUCUUAUAUCUCCUCACUUUUUGCUCGACUCCUCCCCUUUUCCUCGCUUCUUCUAGACCUCUUUUCCUUUAUUUUCUCUUUCUCUCGCUCUGUAAGGAGGCAGUACUCUGAACAUGUUGGAUGCAGCUUUUCAAUGUAUGAAGUAUUUUCUAUCACCCUUAACCUGUGAAAUCAGUUUCUCGACUGAUGCAGAAGUUAAACAAGAAAAACCCUUUUUUUAUUACAAUGGAGUGAUUUUUAGGCACGAUAUUAUAUCCUAAAGGUACGUUGAAUUCUCUUCCUCGUCUUUGGACCUUUUCACCUUUUGACCCCCAUUCCCUGCGACCAGGAAGUAGUAGUGAAGUUUCUGGAGUUUGUCAAAAUAAAGAUGAGGAGCGCUUGAUUUAAAUGUUUUUCUAUAAUAACUUUAACUUAAAUUCAAUUUUAUUCAUUUUUAGUUGAAUUUAAGAAUUUAUCCCUGAUCGCCCCCCUUGAAGUGACAAAGAGCGUUUCAGGUGUAGAAAUCAAGCGCUCCUCAGCAACAACAAACACCAGAAGCUUUUUAUUCCCCUGACUUUCUGACCUACUAAGAGUGCAGACUGUUGUGUUGCAGUUUUGUUUAUUCCACUGCGUGUUUUAUUUGUUUGUUUAUUUGUUGAUUACUAUUUGAAA